AAAUGCGAGACAUUCUAGGGUUAGGGGUUGCCUUUUCACGCCAACACGUUGUUCUGGAGGUCAAUUACUCGAUUUUCUAUUUUUUACCAUAUAUAGUAUCCGUAAACAUUCAUAAAAAUGGUAGGAAGAGUUCCAAAGGGACGGAUGUUCGUCUUAAAACGCGAUGGACGUAAAGAGGAGGUGCACUACGACAAAAUUACCUCGAGGAUCCAGAAGUUGUGCUACAACCUGGACAUGGAUUACGUGGAUCCUCCAGCAAUCACCCUGAAAGUAGUGAGUGGUCUGUACGCUGGUGUGACAACAGUCGAGCUGGACAAUCUGGCAGCAGAGAUAGCUGCCACGAUGACGACCAUUCACCCGGACUACGCAAUCCUGGCAGCGAGAAUAGCAGUGGCUAAUCUCCACAAAGAAACGAAGAAGAGUUUCAGCGAGGUAAUGAGCGACCUCCACAACGCCACUGAUCCCAUAACAAAGGAGCACACCCCAAUCAUCAGCAAACACUACAACGAUAUUAUUCAGAAGCACGCAGUGAAGCUCGACUCGGCGAUAAUCUACAACAGAGACUUCAGUUACAAUUAUUUUGGAUUCAAGACCCUCGAGAGAAGUUAUCUGCUGAAGAUCAAUGGUAAAGUAGCUGAGAGGCCUGCCCACAUGCUGAUGAGAGUGGCUGUGGGAAUACACGAAGAGGACAUCGACAGGGUCAUUGAGACAUACAACUAUCUGUCCGAGAGAUACUUCACUCACGCAUCACCAACCCUUUUCUCAGCCUGCACUGGUAGACAACAGAUGUCCAGCUGUUUUCUCCUGACAAUGACUGACGACAGCAUUAAUGGCAUCUACGACACCCUCAAGAGGUGUGCACUCAUCAGCAAAUCAGCUGGUGGAAUUGGAGUGAAUGUACACUGUAUCAGAGCCAAGGGGACACGAAUUGCUGGUACCAAUGGUAUAUCCAAUGGGCUUGUACCCAUGCUUCGUGUUUACAAUAACACAGCACGUUAUGUUGAUCAGGGUGGAAACAAACGUCCUGGAGCAUUUGCCAUUUAUCUCGAGCCCUGGCACGCUGACAUAUUCGAUGUUCUCGAUCUCAAGAAAAACACAGGAAAAGAGGAAUAUCGAGCACGUGAACUUUUUUACGCACUCUGGAUCCCGGAUUUAUUCAUGAAACGUGUUCUGGCGGACGAUGUGUGGAGUCUGAUGUGCCCCCACGAAUGUCCAGGCCUAUGUGACACCUGGGGUGAGGAAUUCGAGAAGCUCUACACACAGUACGAGGGAGAGGCCCGUUUCAAGCGUCAGGUGAAAGCUCGUGAGCUCUGGACUGCAAUUCUUAUGUCACAAGUCGAGACUGGAACUCCCUACAUGCUGUACAAGGACGCAUGCAAUAGAAAAUCCAAUCAGAAGAACUUGGGAACGAUAAAAUGCAGCAACUUGUGUACUGAGAUCGUCGAGUACUCGAGCCCCGAUGAAGUUGCUGUUUGCAAUUUGGCCUCGAUUGCAGUCAACAUGUUCGUGGACCCAGUGAAAAAGACUUACAACUUUAACAAGCUGAAGACAGUCGUCAAAAUCGUCGCAAGAAAUCUCGACAGAGUUAUCGAUGUCAAUUAUUACCCAAUCGAGGAGGCAAGAGUCUCCAACAUGAGACAUCGUCCCAUGGGAAUUGGAGUUCAGGGUCUGGCAGAUGCAUUUCUACUGAUGCGUUAUCCAUUCGACAGCAAUGAGGCCCAGAAACUCAAUAUCCAGAUCUUCGAGACCCUGUAUUAUGGUGCCCUCGAGGCCUCAUGCGAGCUCGCCCAGGAGAAGGGCACCUACGAGACGUACAAAGGCUCACCAGUCAGCCAGGGCAUCCUCCAGUAUGACAUGUGGGGUGUAACACCAACAAAUCUCUGGGACUGGGCUGAACUCAAGGAUAAAAUAUCUAAACACGGUAUUAGGAACUCUCUCCUACUGGCACCAAUGCCAACAGCCUCAACAGCCCAAAUUCUGGGUAACAACGAGGCCAUUGAGCCUUACACCAGCAACAUCUACGCGAGGCGUGUACUGUCUGGUGAAUUCCAAGUAGUCAAUCCCCAUCUGCUGAAGGACCUCACCGAGCGUGAUCUCUGGGACGACGACAUGAAGAACCAGAUAAUAGCGAGCAAUGGCUCGAUCCAGAACAUCGACAACAUCCCAGCAGACCUCAAGGCACUGUACAGAACAGUCUGGGAAAUUCCCCAGAGGAUGAUCCUCAAGAUGGCUGCUGAUCGUGGGGCCUUCAUCGACCAGUCCCAGUCCACCAAUGUUCAUAUGGCAAAUCCAACUCCCGAGAAGCUCACAUCCAUGCAUUUCUUCGGAUGGGAGUCUGGCCUGAAGACUGGAAUGUACUACCUCAGAACAAAACCAGCCACCAAUGCCAUUCAAUUCACCGUUGACAAGAGCAAGCUCAAGGCGUCUCAGGGUGUCAAUGGAGCUGACAGCACUGUCAACCGAUCUUUCAAUGGCUCCAUGAAUACUUCAGUAGUGGAGGAGGACCCUGUCCUCGUCUGCUCCAGGGAGAAUGGCGAUGCCUGCAUGGCUUGCAGUGGAUAGCCCAUCAAUUCUCAUUCUAUACGAUAGCAUCCUAUUUUUUUUUCGCGAAUUUACAUUAAUCAUGUCAUGCAUCAUUCCUAUCUCUUCAUCAAUUAUUGUAUUUGUAGAUAAUUAUUUUAAUAAUCGAUCAAAUCCAUUUGCCGAUUGAAUAU